UAGAUGAUGGCGAUGAUGAUGAUGAUGAUGAUGAUGAUGAUGAUGUAACGCUCCCCUCGUCCUAUCAGAGCAGCAGAGGAGGGUCUGGUGUCUGUGGCUGAGGGUCUUUCAUCCAGACGUGUGUGACUCUUCAUCAACGGACGACAGCAGAAAUGGAUCCUGAUGGUAAGAGAGGUGAGGCUGUUCCACUGUAUGAGGGGAAGUAUAAUGCGUACCCUGAACAGCAGGGACAGUUCGGCCCCUCUGGACAGUUUGGCCCUUCUGGACAGUUCGGCCCCUCUGGACAGUUCGGCCCCUCUGGACAGUUUGGCCCCUCUGGACAGUUCGGCCCCUCUGGACAGUUCGGCCCCUCUGGACAGUUCGGCCCUUCUGGACAGUUCGGCCCCUCUGGACAGUUCGGCCCCUCUGGACAGUUUGGCCCUCCUGGACAGGGCGGACAGCCUGGACAGCCUGUUGGACCUGUAGUGGUUGACCAUACCACUGUGGAGAUCACCACUAAGCCCCCCCGGGACCACUUCAUCUGGUCCAUACUCAGUCUUUUCUACGCAAACAUUUGCUGCAUCGGACUGGCAGCUCUCAUCUGCUCGAUCAAGGCCAGAGACCGGAAGAUGGUUGGAGAUAUGGUUGGUGCCCGACACCACAGCUCCACCGCCCGCAGACUCAACAUCAUCCAUUCCUCUCUGGUUAUCGUCUUGAUCAUCAUUUCUAUUAUUCUCUUCUUCUAUGAACCAAUGAUCAAGGGAUUCAUCAUCGUCUUUUGGAGCAGCAAGUUGUAAACGAGCAGAGGCGUCAGCUGUUGCUGCUCGAUUCUCUGAUCUGUCACAUUUUAUACACAUUUUAUGCCUUAAACAUGUGAACACAACUGAUUUGUAUUUGUGUCUCCAAACAGUUUCAUUUGACAAUAAAAGAGUUUCCUAACCCGUGAGAA